CCAGAAUGCCGGGAACUGACUUGACCUAAGUGUUGGCGCCUCCCCACAGUGCGCUCCCAGGACAUGCUGGGAACCUUAAUGAACGCAGUUCUUAUUUUCUGCAAAUGCUCACUCGAGUGGUUCUUUGUUGUUUCCUCCUUUAGAAGAGAGGUGGAGGGAGGCAGUGCACGGCCCAGCAGCUGGAUCUCCGUCUUCUGGCAGAGUAGACCUCCUUGUCUGUGGCUCCUGGGGAGCGGGAAGAUCCGAGUGGACCAGAACGUGGUGCACAAGGAAGAAGUCUCCCCCCCUUGGGACUCCCACCCCCUGCAGGAUCACAGUCUGACCCAAGCAGAAAGUCUAAAGUCAGAGGGAAUGGCCCCCAGCACCCAGAGGCCCACUUCCCAGGGGUCAAUAACAUUCAAAGAUGUGACUGUGGACAUCACCCAGGAGGAGUGGUGCCUCUUGGACCAUGCUGAGAAAGAGCUGUUUCUUGAGGUCAUGCUGGAGAAUGUGCAAAAUCUGCUCUUUGUGGAGGCGGGGACCAAUUUUGAUGUGAAGGAGAUAUCUUCAAAGCUGAGACUUUUUGUGGAAGAAUCUGGCCCCCAAAGAUUCAUAAAUGAGGGUCCAUGUGACUUCAUUUUGGGAGAAAUCUGUGAGUAUAAUAUGAAGGUAAAUAAAAAUCCAAAGAGUGACUGUCAAUUUUAUAAAGUUGCAGAGAAAUUGAGCCAACAUUCAGUCCUCAAGCGGUAUAUGAAGUUGACAUCAAGAAACGAUGAGUGUCAGGAUAGAGAAUACAGGAAAUGCUUUCUUGAAGAAGUAGGACUUACUCAGUUUCAUGAGAAACCUCCUGAAAUGCCCAUGAGUCAAGGAAACCUAGAUGGAAGGGCCUUUAGUUGGAGUUUAGCCCUCAUUAGACAUAUAAAAAAUAAACAUGCAGAGAUACUUUCUGUGAGUAAUAAAGGUGGGAGACCUUUCAGUCAAAACUCUGAACAUAGUUCACAAGAAAUUAUCCACUCUGGAGAGAAACCUUAUGAAUGUAAACAAUGUGGAAAGACUUUCACAUGGAGGGUCAGUCUUGCUACACAUGAGAGAAUCCACACUGGAGAGAAACCUUAUGAAUGUAAACAAUGUGGAAAGACUUUCAGACAGAGAAGUCAUCUUGCUGUUCAUCAAAGCAUCCACACGGGAGAGAAACCUUAUGCAUGUAAACAAUGUGGAAAGACUUUCACACGGAGGGUCAGUCUUGCUAGACAUGAGAGAAUCCACACUGGAGAGAAACCUUAUGAAUGUAAACAAUGUGGAAAGACUUUCAGACUGAGAAGUCAUCUUUCUUAUCAUCAAAGCGUCCACAAGGGAGAGAAACCUUAUGCAUGUAAACAAUGUGGAAAAGCUUUUACCGAGAGAAGGUAUCUUGUUGCACAUGAGAGAAUCCACACGGGAGAGAAACCUUAUGAAUGUAAACAAUGUGGAAAGACUUUCAGAAGGAAAAGUCAUCUUGCUAAUCAUCAAAGCAUCCACACGGGAGAGAAACCUUAUGCAUGUAAACAAUGUGGAAAAGCUUUUAGGGAGAGAAGUUAUCUUGUUGCACAUCAGAGAAUCCACACUGGAGAGAAAUGUUAUGAAUGUAAACAAUGCGGAAAGACUUUCAGAUGGAGGGACAGUCUUACUUUACAUGAGAGAAUCCACACUGGAGAGAAACCUUAUGAAUGUAAACAAUGUGGAAAGACUUUCAGAAGGAAAAGUAAUCUUUCUUAUCAUGAAAGCAUUCACACAGGAGAGAAACCUUAUGCAUGUAAACAAUGUGGAAAUGCUUUUAAAGAGAGAAGUUAUCUUGUUGCACAUCAGAGAAUCCACACUGGUGAGAAACCUUAUGAAUGUAAGCAAUGUGGAAAGACUUUCAAUCGGAGAAGUCAUCUUGCUAAUCAUCAAAGAAUCCACACGGGAGAGAAACCUUAUGCAUGUAAAGAAUGUGGAAAAGGUUUUAAAGAGCGAACGUAUCUAGUUGCACAUCAGAGAAUCCAUACUGGAGAGAAACCUUAUGAAUGUAAACAAUGUGGAAAGACAUUCAGACAGAGAUAUCAUCUUGCUGUUCAUCAAAGCAUCCAUACUGGAGAGAAACGUUAUGAAUGUAAACAAUGUGGAAAGGCUUUUACUCAGAGUGCUCAUCUUGUUUUACAUCAGAGAAUCCACACUGGAGAGAAACCUUAUGAAUGUACACAGUGUGGAAAGACUUUCACAAGGAGGAGAAGUCUCAUUGACCAUCAGAGAAUCCACAGUGGAGAGAAACCUUAUAAAUGUACACAGUGUGGAAAGGCUUUCACAGAGAGGCGAGGUUUUAUUAAACAUCAGAGUAUCCACACAGGAGAAAAACCUCAUGAAUGUAAACAAUGUGGAAAGGCUUUCACACAGAGGAGAUGUCUUAUUAGGCACCAGAGAAUCCACACUGGAGAGAAACCUUAUGAAUGUAAACAAUGUGGAAAGGCUUUUACAGACAGGCCCUCUCUUGCUUCACAUCAAAGAAUCCACACUGCAGAGAAACCUUAUGAAUGUAAACAAUGUGGAAAGAAUUUCAGAUGGAGGAUCAGUGUUGUUAUACAUGAAAGAAUCCACACUGGAGCGAAACCUUAUGAAUGUACACAGUGUGGAAAGGCUUUCACACAGAGGGGAAGUCUUGUUAUACAUGAGAGAAGCCACACUGGAGAGAAACCUUUUGAAUGUAAACAAUGUGGAAAGGCUUUUACAGACAGGCGCUCUCUUGCUUCACAUCUGAGAAUCCACACUGGAGAGAAACCUUAUGAAUGUACACAGUGUAGAAAGGCUUUCACAACGAGGGGAAGUCUUAAUAAACAUCAGAUAAUUCAUACUGGAGAGAAACCUUAUGAAUGUACACAGUGUGGAAAGACUUUCACACAGAGGAGUAAUCUUGCUAAGCAUCAAAGCAUUCACACUGGAGAGAAACCUUUUGAAUGUAAACAAUGUGGAAAGGCUUUUACAGAGAGGAGCUCUCUUGCUUCACAUCUGAGCAUCCACACUGGAGAGAAACCUUAUGAAUGUACACAGUGUGGAAAGGGUUUCACAAUGAGGGGAAGUCUUAAUAAACAUCAGAUAAUUCAUACUGGAGAAAGACCUUAUGAAUGUACACAGUGUGGAAAGGCUUUCAUACGAAGAAGCCAUCUUGCUAAUCAUCAAAGCAUCCACACUGGAGGGAAAAGUUAUGAAUGUAAACAAUGUGGAAAGGCUUUUACACAGAGGGGAAGUCUUGUUAGACAUGAGAGAAGCCACAUUGGAGAGUAACCUUAUGAAUGUACAUAGUGUGGAAAGGCUUUCACAUGGAGGUGUGAUCUUGGUUUACAUCAGAGAAUCCACACUGGGGAGAAACCCUGUGAAUGUAAAGAAUGUGGAAAGAUUUUCAAAUGGAGAGUCAGUCUUGUUACACAUGAGAGAAUCCACACUGGAGAAAAACUUUAUGAAUGUAAACAAUGUGGAAAAGCUUUUGUAAAAAUGGACUCGAAUUCAGGACUUCAAUCCCCAGAAGCCCUUGUUCCACUUUCCCAGAAUGCCCUCUAAUCUCACCGAAUUCUCACCUGGGCUGAGAGCGAGAUGGGGUAUUUAAACUCAGUUGUGAAUCAGCUCAUCAGCUCGGGCUCUUUUUACUUCCGCUUGGGAGCAGACCCGGCUCUUUUGAUAAUGUAGGUGAGGUUGUGUCUAGGCCUCUCUCUGGCCUAGACACGUGCUUUCAUGUAUAUUCUUAAGUUCUUAAUCUUCAGUAAACCUCACAAAAUAAAAUACUCCUUGCAGAGAGAAACCAAUUUCUACCUCUAUCUGUAUCCUCAAAAUUUUAAUCUUUACAGUUGUCUUACCAUUUCAGGAAAACUAAAUAUCUCAAUCUAAUGAUUCUUUUCUGAUCUUUAGUUCAGCUUUAAUAACUAGUGCCUAAAAAGUUUUUUAAGCCACGUUUCUCCAAGAUGCUUUUUUAGCAAACCAUCUUGAUCAGCUCCUGCUAACAGACAUCCAAUUCAGACUUUCUUGAGUCCUUCCCUCCCACCGGCUCUUCCGCUUCUCCCUGCCUGCCUGCGUCCUUCUCUGCAGUCCUGUUCCAGACCUGUUGGCAGAUUGCAGCUUGGCUGCCAGUUCUGGCUCCUGGUCCCUGUUUAACCCAGAUCUCGAACACCUGGUGACCUGGCUGUCCAACAAACCCAGAUCCUUUGAGCAGAUCGUUCAUUUCUACCAGCUGGUAAUAAACAAAGUGGGGGGGUAUUGGAUACAUCGGUGGACCGGAGUGUAGGAGGGGAGAGAGAAAAGGGAGUGGAGAAGAAGAAAGGUUUUUCCAAACAGGAACUUAAGAGCAAUGGGUUAUUUAAAAGGAUACCUUUUGACUGUUCUGGUAAUUUCAUUGGUUUCACCUGCAAGCCAGAAGAAAGAUUCAGCCCAAAGAUUCAACUUUGAAAGGACAAAUGGGUAGCUCAAGGAACUGAGAGCCAGGCCUAAAGACAUGUGGUCCUGGGUUAAAAUCUGGCCUCAGAUACUCCCCAGAUAUGGGGCCCUGGAUGGGUCCCUUAACCCCCAUUGCUUAGCCCUUACCACUCUGCCUUCCGACAAUAAAUAUUUAAAUGGAUAAGAACCCAAGGAACUUAAAAGACUAGAGGUUCAAAGGCAUUUCAGACUCCAAUGGUUUAUAAAAAAAUUUCUAUUGCAUUUUACUGUUUGUUUGGUUUAAGAUAUAACUGUGGUUUUAUGUUUAUAUAUUGGAUUCAAUAUUAUUUUGUUAUGCUUUUCAUUUAAUGUACUAAGUUUUAUAAUUCUGUUGCUUUUCCCCUAUAACCAUAUAUCGAAAAAAAUGUUGUAAUUAAGUCUAUUAUGAAAAAACAGCUUUUUUCUAUUUUUGCCUUUGUAAAUUGUCACAUAGAGAUAGAUGGGGACUUCUUCAGAACUGGUUACAAUUGCUAUAACAACAACCUUUGGAAAAUUUAAUGUUCUAAAUAUCUCAACUGAUUUAAAGGGUUUUUUAAACAUGAUUUUUGGAAUUUUUUUUAACAAUCUUUGGUCAUUUUUGCCUGCCCCUACCACAAGGUAAGGCCCAUAGCUGAAGUGAAAUAGAUUUUAUAACCCCCAACCUUCCCACAUUUCUAAAGAUGUGAAUGGAAGUUGGGGCAGUAAAUCUCAGGGCAUUUGUACCCCUCAAUAAGCCUCCAAAAAAAGAGCACCCCUUUAUUUAUACUCUUCAGCUCACUACUUAAUUUCCACCAGAAUGAUAUAUAGAUUCAACCCAAGAUGAGUUUUCCUUUGUUUAAAAAAUAUGUUUAAAUACCAAGGUUAUAAGAUUGCUACGUUUGUAAAAGCUUGUGACAAAUGUCCAUCAAUUCAUAGGUUUUCAAAAAAAUGCCAUACAGCAACUUAUGUGAAAUAUGAUAGUGUGUUUGUUUGCUAUUGUAAUUGAUUGGGUUAUUCAGAAUUUUGGGGAUAUUGAUAUCUACAUAUUUGUAAUAAUGUUUCUUUAAAAAUGAAAAAUGUUACCUCGUUCAGUUCAUUAGUUUUCACUCACAGUGAUCAUGGCCAAACAUGAAGAGGAAAUGGAUCUCAUUUUUGGUGAGAAAGCCUUGUAUUCUAUAUUUCCUUAGCUGAUUUCUUUUUUUCCUUUUUUUAUUUGAAGCACAUGUCACCAGUACUAAGAUUUUCCUUAACCUUUUGAUUUUUCAGUACUACAAGUUUAAGAUACAUUUGCUAAUGCAUGCCCUAAAAAGCUUGUGACUAUAAAAACGAUGCCACUUAUUAUUUAAAUAAAUUAUGGGACUUUGCUUAAUGAUUCUGUCUGAUUCCAUGACAAGAUACACACAAAAGAGCCAUUGCACAGGGCCAAAGAAAACCCAAUCCAGGAUGGAUUGAUGCACUUCUAGGCCAAUACAAAGGUUUUGAACCUAGUGUGAGACUUGGGGUUGUGACACUUGACUUAUGUUAAGAUGUAGGUCUUUCUUGUGUCCACCCUCACUCUGAAAAUAUUCACAAACGAGUAUCCCCCAAACCUUGUCUCCUAUAAUCUGGCCCCCUUUUCUGCCUUUCAUAGUGUGGUACCUUUCUGUAGUCCUGGCUACUGACUGGGUAAAUGCAUCAUUGCUUAGAUCAUUUUACUUGGGCCCUGAUUCAAGGACCUGUUAUAGAUUUAUUUUUCUUUUACUUAGAACUUUUAUACAUAAGACUUUCGUAGUCUAUAUUUUCAUCGAGAGGUUUUUAUUUUUUAUUUGGAUUUUUCUGAUAUCUUUUUAAUUUCUCUUACCAAUUGAUUCAUAUACCUCAUACCUCAGCCAUGCAUCCCUAAUUGAUCCUGUAUUUUUCAAUCACCCACAACACGGAGAAAUGUAAAAAAUAUUAAUAUUUUAAAUUGCAUAGUUUAAAUUCCUUUUGAGAAGAAUUUUAGGUAAAGAAACAUGAUACCUCUCUGAAUCCAGAAACUGAACUGUUGAAGAAGACACCAUGAAGAAGCCUCCAGUUUACAAGCUGCACAAGAAUGAACUUUGAGUGUGGUUGAUUGAACAUUUAUUUGUAUGUAUACUUUCAUGCCAAAGGGGACUGCCCCCUAAAUGGCUUUUUGUCAGUGUGUCCAGCAAUUAUUGGUUUUGUUCCUUUUUUUUUCUCUUAUCCUCAAAUUGUUGUAAUGUUUAAGUUGAUUAUGUUUUCAUGAUCCUUUGGGGGAAAAAAUUAUUUUUUUUCAAAUGAUCACACGGGGAUAUGUAAAAAUAAACUCAAAUCCAGGACGUCAAUCCCCAGAAGCCCUUGCUCCACUUCCCCAGAAUGCCCUCUAAUCUCACUGAAUUCUUACCUGGGCUGAGAGCGAGAUGGGGUAUUUAAACCUAGUUGUGAAUCGGCUCGGGCUCUUUUUACUUCCGCUUGGGAGCAGACCUGGCUCUUUUGAUAAUGUAGGUGAGGUUGUGUCUAGGCCUCUCUCUCUGGCCUAGACACGUGCUUUCUUACUUGUAUAUUCUUAAGUUCUUAAUCUUCAAUAAACCUCAUAAAAUAUAA